CAUGAAGGCGUUUACAAUACAUAACUUUGCUCUUCUUUUUCUGAGUUUUGGUUUAAUUACAGUUCAUUCAGACAGUUUUAGUCUGAAAGUUGAAUCUCCAGCUCAAAUUUUGGAAGAUAGUAGUACUUACAACCUUUAUUUCCGACAAAUCACUGGAACUCCUACUUGCAGCUAUACACUUACAAAACCAGAUGGAACCAUUUUACUACAAUCCUCAAAAUCAGUAAAUUCUGCACUUGUAUAUGAAAAUUUCCAAGGCAGUUUGUUUUCAGGAACAACUGAGAAUUAUGUACUGACCUACACUUAUUCAUGUACCAGUGGAGGGACUACACUUGAAUUUGAAGUUAGAGGAUAUGUUUAUUCACGUGAACAAUAUGGUAGUGGUAAUCUACCUAUGGGCUAUGGUAUUGAAAUUGAGAUGUCAACUGAGCAAACUUCACCAUUUAGAGCCAAAAUUCAAGGUGGUAGUGGUGGUGGCUCAUGCAGCAUAACUCGACCAGACACUUCUAUAGCUACAGUAGAUAAUGUUGGACCACUUUCAAUUGGGCAAGAUUCAUUGGAUAUUACAGUUACUAAAACUGGUUCCCAAGAGUCCUUUUUCAUAGCUGCAAGUUGCAUAUCAAAUGGAAAAACAUUCCAAAAUGAAAUUCCAGUUUACUUUUCACCCAAUGCUCCUUCACCAUGGGCAUCUGCAACUGGAGAUCCACACUUUGCACAAAAUGUUGUUGACAAAUCAACUAUGUCUACUAAACAAAUAUGUUAUGAUGUAACUGGGAAAAUGGGAGAUUAUAUAUAUAUUGCUGGAUUUUCUCACAGUAGAAUAAAGAUUUUUGGCCAACUGAAAGAUGAUUACUAUAUGCAUAAAAUUGUCAUUCAAUCUCCAUCUGCCAACAUCACAGUAUCAUUAAAGGAUAUUCAUCUUGGCCAAAAAGAUACCAUUCAAUGGAAUGAAAACUCAAAGCAAAUGAUUUUGCAAACUAAUCAAUUGAAAUGUGAAAUUGUAAAUGGGAAAAAGAUUAUUUUCACUGAAUUAAAGUCAUUAAAUGCAAUUGCUGUUGAGAAAUCUAAGCAUUUUUUAGGGGAAAUGCACCUGGAUGUAGGCUUUAGGCUUAUGCCUGAAGAUUACAAUGAAAUGAGUGGACUAAUUGGAGAUAUUGGCCAGAAAAAAUUUAAAUUCUUCACAGCAGUUCAAAUUGGAGAAGAUAGUUUAAACAGUGAAAUGGUUUCUAUUCAAGUUGACAACAAAUUUUUGAGAGGAAGUGUUGUACAAAGAAAUAAAAAGUCUUGUUGGUUGCUUGAUGUAAAUGACAUUUUGAAACCUUUGAAAACAACUGACUAUCUUUUCAAAAGAAUUGAUUAACAUUCAAAUUAAAUAUAAUAUUUACAAUUUAUAUUUUAUGAUUUACAGAAGGUAAACCAAACUAUUGAGUUAAGUAAUACUGUUUCCUAAAUUUUGUAUAUGACAUUUGCCUAAUGAAAAACAAUCUAUAAUGUAAACAAUAUAUUUUAUGGAAUGUAUGAAGGCAUAAAUACAGACUAACUUUUUGAAUUGGACAUG